GCGUAGGGCCUGCGUCAGCUGCAGCCCGCCGGCGAUUGGGGCGCACUCGCCUCCUUGGGUUUGGGGCUAAUUAUAAAGUGGCUCCAGUAGCUGCCAGCCCCGGUACAGCGAGGCAAGGCCAGGCAGGCGCUCGUAGCCCUGCGGUCCAGUCCCCGGCCCCCCGGCGACGCUGAGAACCGCGACGUGUCGCUCCUGAGACCCGCUUUCUCACACCAGUCCGCGCCAGCCGAACAGCGUCAGCCCCAUGGCGCGGUUGCUGAGACUCUGCACUUGGGUGCUGGCGCUCGUCCCCGGGCUCCUGGCGACCGUGCAGGCGGAAUGCAGCCAGGACUGCGCGACGUGCAGCUACCGCCUGGCGCGCCCAACCGACAUCAACCCCCUGGCUUGCACACUGGAAUGUGAAGGAAAAUUCCCCUCUCUCAAGACCUGGGAAGCCUGCAAGGAGCUCCUGCAGCUGUCCAAAGUAGGGCUUCCUCAAGAGGGCACCAACGCCCUCCGAGAAGGCAGCAAGCAGGAGGAGGGCCAUUUGCUAGCCAAGAAGUAUGGGGGCUUCAUGAAAAGGUAUGGAGGCUUCAUGAAGAAAAUGGAUGAGCUUUACCCUCUAGAGCCAGAAGAGGCAAAUGGAGGGGAGAUCCUCGCCAAGAGAUACGGGGGAUUUAUGAAGAAGGACGCAGAGGAAGACGACAGCAUGGCCAAUUCCUCAGACCUGCUGAAGGAGCUGCUGGGGGCAGGGGAGCACCGCGAGAGCGGCCACCACCCAGAGGGCGGCGACGACGUAGAGGUGAGCAAGAGGUAUGGGGGUUUCAUGAGAGGCUUCAAGAGAAGCCCCCAACUGGAGGAUGAAGCCAAAGAGCUGCAGAAGCGCUACGGGGGCUUCAUGAGAAGGGUGGGCCGCCCAGAGUGGUGGAUGGACUACCAGAAACGGUACGGCGGCUUCCUGAAGCGCUUUGCUGAUUCCCUGCCCUCCGACGAGGAAGGUGAAAGUUACUCCAAAGAAGUUCCCGAAAUGGAGAAAAGAUAUGGGGGAUUUAUGCGAUUUUAAUGCCCUCUCCCUUCAGUGACCCCCGGCCCCGGCAAGCCCCCCUCUGCACCCCGGUGACAGACUGCCUCGUGGCUGCUGCUCCAUUCAUCAUGCGUGCUGCCUGCAUUGGAUAGUUGACUUUAUUGUCUGGAUAACUAACUAUACAACCUGAAAACUGUCCUUUCAGGUGCUGUGUUCUUUUGAGAAUCUUUUAAGCCCUGUGUUGGUCUAUUGCAGCUAUCUUGUUUUCAUGCUAAAGUCGUUUUUGUUACCUUGUCCUUUAUUUUUGACAAACUACCAAUAAAUGCUUACUUAUAUAUAGAUAUAAUAAACCCAUUACCCCAACUGCA